AUGUCGGACCCGGACUCUUUGACUAACUGUCGCUUCUAUGAAGAAAAAUACCCGGAGAUCGAAAGUUUUGUCAUGGUAAAUGUGAAGCAGAUAGCAGAAAUGGGUGCCUAUGUCAAGCUGCUCGAAUACGACAACAUUGAUGGCAUGAUCCUUCUCUCAGAACUCUCGCGAAGACGGAUCAGGUCGAUACAAAAGCUCAUCAGAAUUGGUCGCAAUGAGGUGGUCGUCGUGUUGCGAGUGGACAAGGAGAAAGGAUAUAUCGAUCUCUCUAAACGAAGAGUCUCUGCCGAAGAUAUCGUCCGCUGCGAAGAGCGAUACAACAAGAGCAAGUCGGUCCACUCUAUUAUGCGUCACGUCGCAGAAAAGACAAAAACACCCAUUUUGAAAUUGUACGAGGAUAUUGGCUGGCCACUAAACCGAAAAUAUGGGCACGCAAAUGAUGCUUUCAAACUCUCCAUCACAAAUCCGGAUGUAUGGAACGAUGUCACGUUCCCAAAUGAUGUGGUCAAGGAGGAAUUCCAAUCAUACAUCAGCAAAAAGCUGACGCCGCACCCGACAAAGGUGCGUGCCGACGUGGAGGUGACCUGUUUCAAAUACGACGGAAUUGAUGCAGUCAAGGAGGCACUGCGAAAAGCGGAGGCCAAGAACACUCCGGAAACGCAGGUGAAGGUCAAACUAGUAUCCCCGCCACACUACGUCUUGACGAGUCAAUGUCUAGAUAAAGGCAUGGGCAUUCAGUUACUAGAACAGGCGAUCCAUGAGAUCGAUGAGAGCAUCAAGGAGGCAGGCGGUGGCUGUGUGGUGAAGAUGGCACCCAAGGCUGUGACAGAGCACGACGACGCAGAGUUGCAAGCCCUGAUGGACAAGAGGGCCAAGGAGAACGAAGAAGUGAGCGGCGAUGAAGACUUGAGCGAGAGUGACGAGGGACCAGAGAUCGUAUAA